GGCUCCAUGUCAAAGAUAGCUCAACCGUGAACUCCAUCGAACACUUCACGUUCAACUGGAGCAUCCCAUCUUGCACUUGGGGUUCUCUCUCUCUCUCCGCAGCUCGCGAUGGCCAGUCUCUCGGCCAAAGAAGGAAACGUCCAGAGCUCGUCCAGUCAGAGUCUCCGAGCUAGCUACUAGGCAAGUAGAAUAGUGUCAGUUGGCCAUGCACUAUUACGUACUCCCUCGUCAGUCGAGAAAAAUAGUAUGCAAUGGCCUGACCUGGUCAUGGCUCUGUGUUGACACCGAGAAAGAUGUGACGGUGUCAGCAGCCUCCAUGGAAAGAAUUGCAAGCAAAACGGCGAUCAUUGGAUCCAACAGGAUUCCCUGGAGCCACCAAGCUUCUGCUUUUGAGAGAGACCUUCUUCAGCUCCUGGCUUCUUCCGCGAAAGGUUUCCCUGUUGCGUUGUGUGUAACAUCACCCUGACGUUGCCCUCUCUUGACACCAACGGUAUUUCCGAGAGGAGACUAUUGCGUCACGACUUCCCUCCGCGAGACAGCUCUGGGACAGAUAAAAGCGACGACGCAACUUUUGCAUAGCAAAUCUAGAGCGAAAUAGUUAGGGCUUGAGAGCUUCUUUGGAACACCAGCACGCUCCCUCUCCAAGCAGACUCAAUCAUCAAGAGUGCAUGUGCGGAACGGUUUGAAAGGUUGCAAAGUCAAGUGUCUUGGUCCAUCGUUAAGGUAGAGUUUGCAUCACCCUUACGAAUGCGGAAAAUGCGAGCUAACGACUGCCAACGCCAUGAUGAUGUGGCCGAGAAGCUUUUUCGGAGAGCUCCAAACGUUUGGUACGGCAUCGCAUGUCUAUCGCACCGCUGUCAUUUAUCAAGACGAUUUAACAAUCUAUCCACGUCUGGAUGUCGCCGUGAUCGGUACCACUUUUUUGGAGAUCUGGCGGAUGGGGCUGAGACAUCCAAGUGAUGUUCGAUGAUGGGUCUCCACACGAAGGAAAGGUUGUUGCACUUUGAAGGAACAAUCGUGCAAAAUUGUAGGCAGUUUCUGCUCUUGUCCUUUUCUCCUCUCACAAUGUUCAAUCCGAUCAUAGGCAAGUCACUUUCUCGCUUCAACAUAUCGAUAGAAUGAGUGAGCACGUUGUAAACUUGGCGGCAAGCGCCUUGACUUCUUGGAAAGCGUACGGUGGAAAACAUGGUCUCGAAUCAACCGGCCAUGAGCAACAAAACAAGAGAGCCCGCACCAGUACCACUAUGGAUAAUAUCAUGAUGAUCACCGCUGCAGCUCCUGUUGUCGAAACAACCGCGACUCCGGGCAAGCCUGAGCUGAAGCCUUACCCCUUCUUCUACUAUCAUGAUCACUCUAAGGAAGAAGAUCCUGAUCCGUUGACCCCACUUACUUUCCCUGGAAGGGUUCCCAACUUUCCUGCCAAGCUUCAUGCCAUUCUUAGUCAGCCUGAUUUGGCUGAUGUGAUCGAUUGGCUCCCCCAUGGUCGUAGCUGGCGAGUGUUGAAGCCUCGGGAGUUCGAAACCAAGGUCAUCCCUCGGUUCUUUGAACACUCGAAGUUUUCUAGCUUCGUCCGCCAGGCGAAUGGAUGGGGCUUCCGCCGCAUCACGCAGGGCCCUGACAGAAACUCCUACUACCAUGUAAAGUUCCUUCGUGGAUUGCCACACCUGUGCAAGUCUAUGAAGCGCCCCGGUGUCGCUGAAAAGCGUGUUGUGGACCCCGACCUCGAACCUGACUUCUACAAGAUCUCCGAGAUCUACCCUGUCCCCCAAAACGCUGACGAAGAAUCCAUCUUCCUCCAAAAGACCCUCGAGAGUGGUCCCAAGGCUAGAAUGCCAAUCAUUACUGGUCAUUUCAAGGCUUCGUCGUCGAAGGAGGGCUCACCUUACUCAUCUGCUGCUCCUUCGCCCACUGAGAUUCCCCCUGAGCUCGCGGUCGAGUCGACGGCUGCUCUUGAACAAGCUCCCGCGCCAGUGGGGCCCACGGCCUCUGCCGCAUCAACUGCAGCAAAUACCUCAGCUGUCUCCUCAGCAGCCAACAGAGUGCAGCAAACGCAACCAGUGGCUUUCACAAACGUUGCUCCUCCUCUGGCCACUGCCGUUGUUCCUCAGCCGACUGCCUCCAAAGCUACAUUUGCCCAAGCUGCGCCGGCACCCUGUAACUCGGUGACUCCAGACCACCAACCCAAGAUGGCAAACACGCCCCCAAUGAACCAGAUGGCGUUCCAGUUCCCCAUGCCUUCUCUCGACCCGAACAACCCAGCAACUUCGAGCUUCGCAGCUGGAUUUGCCGUAGCCACAGCCCAGUAUCAACAGCACUUCUACGCCAUGCUCAACAACAUGGCAGCAAACAAGCAACUUCCAGAAGGGUUCUCUACUCCGCAUAUGAUCACCAUGAGUGUCCCCGUAGCUCACUCGAACUGAAGCAGCUCACGAAGUAGACAAAGGGGUAGCGGUACCGUACCAAGGAUUGUACAAAGCUUCCAGACACAUUGCACAAAUUAGAGAUUUUGAACAUAAAAACGAAGUAGUAACCAUUUUUUCCACAACUUG